GGGGGGGGGGGAGAGAGGAGACUUCGGACUUUUUAGAGAGAGAGAGAGAGAGAGCGCGUGAUAAAGCUAAGGAUCUGAUGAUAAAUCUACGGAGGUAGCAGACGACAAGGUGAGAAAACAGUUUUCAUGUUUCUACGCUCUUUCUCUCUCUAGUCGUUAAAUCUCUCUCUCCCGAGCGACCGUUCGGAAUGCUUAGGUUUGUGUCUCCGUUGUUGCCAGAUUUCAAGUUGGCUCAAUUGAAAAUCAAUUGAAAACUCUGUAGCAUAAUAUAUGCGACGAUAUUGGAAGAGGUGUCCAUAAUAUUGUGCUGGGUGUCAAGUUAUUGGAGUAGAUGUCAUUCCGCCGCAUAGUGCGUGAUGUAAGGGAUGGUUUUGGGAGCUUAUCAAGACGAAGUUUUGAGGUAAGGUUGCCCGGGCACCACAGGGGGAAAUCUCAUGGUGCAGUCCAUGAGUUGCAUGAGCCACCAGUCAUCCAGAACAGUUGUUGGGCUAGCCUCCCGCCAGAGCUUCUCCGUGAUGUCAUUAAGAGGUUGGAGGCAAGUGAGAAUACAUGGCCGGCUCGCAAGAAUGUUGUUGCAUGUGCUUCUGUUUGCAGAUCUUGGAGGGAAAUGUGCAAAGAAAUUGUCCAAAGCCUUGAAUAUUCAGGGAAGAUUACCUUUCCAGUUUCCCUGAAGCAGCCUGGACCUCGAGAUGGAACCAUCCAGUGCUUCAUCAAACGAGACAAAUCUAAAUUAACUUACCACCUUUUCCUUUGCCUUAGCCCUGCCUUGUUCGUUGAAAAUGGGAAGUUUCUGCUUUCUGCAAAACGAAAUCGGCGAACUACUUGUACAGAGUACAUCAUCUCCAUGGAUGCAGAUAAUAUAUCAAGAUCAAGCAACACUUGCAUAGGAAAAGUCAGGUCAAAUUUCCUUGGUACUAAGUUCAUCAUUUAUGAUACACAACCGCCUUAUAAUAAUGCUCAUCUGUCGUCUCCUGGGCGUACAAGCCGUCGAUUCUACUCCAAAAAGGUUUCCCCUAAAGUCCCUACUGGAAGCUAUAACAUUGCCCAGGUUACGUAUGAACUGAAUGUGCUAGGUACAAGGGGUCCGCGCAGGAUGCACUGUAUCAUGCACUCAAUCCCUGUUUCAGCCCUCGAGCCAGGUGGAACCGUCCCUGGCCAGCCGGAGCUCCUUCCCCGUUCCCUUGAAGACUCAUUCCGAAGCAUCUCCUUCUCAAAAUCAAUAGAGAACUCUACUGAGUUCAGUAGUGCCCGGUUUUCAGACAUUAUUGGCCCUCGUGGGGAAGGAGAUGAGGGAAAGGACAGACCUUUGGUUCUCAGAAACAAGCCACCGAGAUGGCAUGAGCAGUUGCAGUGUUGGUGUCUUAACUUCCGUGGGAGGGUCACUGUUGCAUCCGUCAAAAAUUUCCAGCUGAUUGCUGCCACGCAGCCUGCUGCCGGUGCUCCAACGCCAUCUCAGCCGCCUACCCAAUCUGAUCAUGACAAGAUCAUCUUGCAGUUCGGUAAGGUUGGCAAGGAUAUGUUCACCAUGGAUUAUCGCUACCCUCUAUCUGCAUUUCAGGCUUUUGCCAUCUGUUUGAGCAGCUUUGACACCAAACUAGCAUGUGAAUGAUAUAAAGAAAUAGGGCACUCAGUUUGUCGGGUUUUCCUUUUUUGGGUCCUAGCGUUUCAUCUCUCUCUCUCUCGUCUCUGUUGUUGAGGUCCAUUGCUUGAAUAGUUCGUCGAUGAUGAUGUAUUGGAACUUCGAAAAGUUCUUUAAUAUGUUGAAUUGAACAUUGAAAACUUCAUAUC